GUGAAUCAAUUUAAGAAGAUUUCAAGGUCCAAUAAAUAUUCACAAAUAUAGAAUAAGUAGAAUACUUUUAAUGGUAAGGUGAAUUUGAGUAAAAAAAUAAAAAAAUAGGUAAGUGGAUAGCUAAAUGGAAUGGAAACGUUCUUUAAGAUGUUGGUGGGUACUACUCAAAUGGAUUAAAGUAUGGGCUAUGGAAAGAACCAAUUAAGAAUUAUUGGAAGUAAAUACUAAUUAAAUGAUAAUUAUAAAUAGCAAAGCAUAGGUAUAUGAAGUUGGAGAUUAUAUAAAUGGUAAGAAAAGAGGGGCUUGGAUGUAUAUUUACAAUAAAAAAAAAUUGUAUUUAUUUUAUUAAUUAAUAGUAAAGGUGGAUAAUACAAUGAACAAGGUUAAAAAAAUGGAAAAUGGAGAGAAUUAAGUGAUGGGUUUCAUGAGAAAUCUCAAGUCAUUUAUGAUGGUGAAUAUACUAAUGGUUAAAAAGUUGGUAUAUGGGAUAUUUAUUUUCAAGAUUAUUAUGAGAACAAACCUAAUAUAAUGUAAAAUUAUUAUUAAAUAUUAUGCGGAAUAUUUUAGUGGUGGCGGAUUAUAUAAUGAAACUGGUCGGGGUUAUAAAAAUGGGAGAUGGAUUGAGUUAAGUAACGAAUUUAGAAGGACUUCUUAAAUCACUUGUGAUGGUUAAUAUAAAAAUGGUAAGAAAGUUGGUCGAUGGAAUAUUUAUUGGAAUUAUUAUGGAAAUAAUUAAAAGAUGUAAUUAAAAUAUGAAAUAUAUAAGUGGAGGGGGAUCGUAUGAUGAAUCAGGAGAUGAAGUCAAGAUUAAUGGAUGGAUUGAGGUGAGUGAAGGGUUUACUGAAGGAUCUGAAAUCACGUAUAAUGGUGAAUAUCAAAAUGGUAAAUAGAUUGGUAGAUGGGAUGUUUUGUAUUCUGGAAAAAAAAUGUAGAAUUAUUUUAUUAAUAUUUAUGUUCAUUUGUCUAGUGGCGGCGGAUUAUAUGAUUAGAAUGGUGAUGGAUAUAAAACUGGAAAAUGGAUUGAAUCAUCGGAGUUAUUUAAAGCACGUUCGUAAGUCACGUAUAGAGGUGAAUAUGAAAAUGGUAAGAAAGUUGGUAGAUGGGAUAUUUUUUGUUGUUAAGAUUAGAUGUAAUGAUAUCAUAAAAUAUUGUAUCAAAUGUUUUAGUGGUGGUGGAUAUUAUGAUGAAAGUGGUAAUGGAUGUAAGAUUGGGAGAUGGACCGAGUUAAGCGACUAAUUUAAUAAUUUAUCAAAAGUAACCUAUCUUGGUGAUUAUAAAAAUGGGACUAAAGUGGGUAGAUGGGAUAUUAAAUUGAAUUUAUAAUAGGAAUAAUAAUAGAUGUAAAUUUAUAAUAUUAGAUACCUAUACAAUUUUAGUGGAGGUGGAUAGUAUGAUGAAGAAGGGAUAAAGUUUGGCCAAUGGGUUGAUUUGUGUGACGAUUUUGGUUAUGGUUACGACUAAUUGAACUUCAUAUAUACUGGUGAGUAUAAAGGGGGAAAAAAAGUUGGUAGUUGGAACAUGUUUAAGAGAGGAGACAAGCCGAUGUAAUAUACAGUAUUGUAAGGAUGGAUAUUAAAAUAUUAUUCUAUUUAGUGGUUGUGGAUAAUAUGAUGAAGCGGGGAAUGAGUGUAAGAUUGGAAGAUGGAUUGAGUUAAGUAACGAAUUUAGAAACACUUCUUAAUUCACUUGUGAUGGUUAAUAUAAAAAUGGUAAGAAAGUUGGUCGAUGGGAUAUUUAAUGGCAUCAUUAAAAAAGUAAUAAAAAUAUGUAAGAUAAUAUUGUUUAAAUAUACUUUGAAAUAUUUAGUGGUGGUGGUUUAUAUGAUGAGAGUGGUAAUGAGUGUAAGAUUGGGAGAUGGAUUGAGAUAAGUGACGAAUUUGAUGAUUUUUCAUAAGUUACUUAUCAUGGGGAUUAUCGGUGUGGUAAAAAGGUUGGUAGAUGGGAUAUUAAGUAUCAGAAAAAUUAUGAUAAUCUAUAAAAUGAAAAGAUGUAAGAAGGAUUAAAAAUUUUUAGUGGUGGUGGGUCAUAUGAUGAAUUAGGUAAUGAAUGUAAGAUUGGGAAAUGGACUGAAUUAAAUCAUAAAUUUAGAGAUAUUUCCUAAGUCACUUAUAUAGGGGAGUAUAAGAAUAACAAAAAAAUAGGUUUAUGGGAGAUAUAGUAUGAAGCAGAGAAGAUGUAUAUAAACUAUUAUGUAUAACUAAUUUAGUGGCGGUGGAUCAUAUGAUGAAGAAGGUGAUAUGAUUAAGAUUGGUAAAUGGAUAGAGUUGGACGAUUCUUUUACAGAUACAUUCUAAACUAUUUACGAAGGAGAAUUUAGGCGUGGUUAAAAAAUAGGUAUCUGGAUUAAAAAAAAAAGAGGUGAAUAUGACUAAGAUUUUAGAAAAGUAGAUGUAAUAAAAUAUGAUGAUUGA